GUCAAAUCUAAUUUGUUUUUUGUUGAGGUUAUGUCAUGUGUUUAAACUUUAAUAUUUACGAUUACAAAACACGAAAUAGUCGUUUGUAUAUGUAUAUAAAAGAAUAACCUACAACUAUAAAUAAAAAUGGUUGUCAAAACUAAUAGUGCUGAAGUAUCCAACACAUACGUAUUCAAUAGGAAGGCAGGACGUAGUAUAAUUGAACGUAGACCAGUUUUUUCACCGGAUGGAGAAUCCGUUGCCAUCAUAGUAGAAAACUUAGUUCGCGUGUACAGCAUUCAAACAGGAGAUUGUGUACGCACACUUGAAACCGAAGUAUCUAUUAAUGAAUUAGUAUCUGUGCAAUUCCCAGAAGAUGAAGACUACAAUUUGUAUGGAUGCUCUGAUGACGGAUAUGUCACAACAUGGAGUUGGGAACAAGGUGCAGUUCUUAGAAAAACAAAACUUCAAAUACCAGAAAAUACAAAAAUAAUAACAUUCAAUUUAGCUGAUAGUAAUGAAUGUUUUAUUAUUGCCAUUGACGAAAAACGUAAAUUACACCUUGGAACAUACUCGGUUAAAGAUGGAGGUUUACUACAUGAAUACAAAGAUCUAAAGAUCAAAUAUCAUGACAUUAUAUGUGUUUCUCUUGGCUGGUGUUAUAAUGACAGAUUUGCAGCUAUUGCUAAUGGAACCAUGAUGCUUUUUAUUCAGAAUUUGAACCAGCCUCAUUUAAAAUUAGAGCUGGUGAACUAUAAUAAGUUCAGAAUAUUGUCUGUGGCAGCUCACCAUAAAGAAAGUACAGUUGCUAUAACAGAUACUAUUGGCAGAGUAACCAUUAUCAGAGGCAAUUUGUAUAGCUAUAAAUCCAUAGCUAGGGAAGUAUUACAUUGGCAUUUUUUACCACCACUAGCCGUCUGCUUCUCUGUUCAAGGAAAUUAUCUUAUCUCUGGGGGCAUGGAAAAUGUUUUAGUAAAAUGGACUUUAGGCAACUUACAAAACAAAACUAAUGAAAAGGCAUUCAUUCCCCGAUUGCCUGGCAUGAUAAGAUAUGUUACUACAAACAAUACUCACAUUGCCAUUACACUAUCUAAUAAUUCCGUCGUCAUAGCGAAUGCUCAAAUGCGUGUUGUGUCGACGAUAUUAGAGUGCGGUGGUUUGUCGCCUGUUUGCAAAGCGCUCGGAGCCGCCUUCGUUUACCAUAGACCACUGUCUGCACUACUUAUGCCGGGUAGAACUGGACAUUUACAACUAUAUUCCACAACUACUGAUAAAGUGCUUUAUAAUAUUGACAUAACAGCAAUGAAUAAUAUACCACCAGAGAGACAAAACCUACUGCCCUUAGAAACAGAAGUAACAUGUGCUGCCAUUAGUGCAGAUGGGUCGUGGUUAGUGACGUCAGAGUACAGAAACGAUGGUAUAAAUUACCCAGAAGAGAAAUUAAAAUUUUGGGCCGCACAAGCAAAUAACACCUCGCCGUUCAAACUUAACACUUGUGUCAGUCUUUCACACGGUGGAUGCAAUGUUGUAUCCUUAGCCCUUAAUAAUAAAGGCGAAUUUUGCGUAUCUUCAGGAACUGAUCAAAAAUUCAGAAUAUGGAAACGUGAUAGUACGUCACAACAACAUCGAAAAAAAGUAAUUUGGGGCUGUCUCACCGCCUGCUACUACUCAUCGGGCAUAACUCACUUCCUCUCCAAUCCUGUUCUGAAUAAUUUUAAAAGUGGAGAAAUACUAACGCCCGGGAAAGUUGAAAUCUUACCAUAUAUGAAAGAAAUUAAUCGUAAAACUGACGUUUUAAGGAGAAUCAUCAAUAUUCACAAGGAACACAAUUUUGUCGAUGCAAGUGUGGUCGAUAGGUAUGUCGUGAAGGACGACGAGUUCGCUAUGGGCGGUGUUGCCAUAUCGCAAGACGGUUCCCUGAUUGCCGCUUGGUUUGGUUGCAAAUUGACAUUGUGGGAUUCUCAUCUGUGUAAUUUAAGAACAACGCUUUCUCAUCCUGCUCUCCGUCCAAAAGGGAUUCAUGUUCAGUUUGGAAAUAAUGAUGCUGCGCAUUAUUUAGUGUGCACCACCGAGAACUGCGUAGCCGUAUGGAGUCUUCUAUCCUUAACUAUCAAAUGGAUGGUUCAGAUCAAAAGCACUUGCUUAGUAUCAGAUCCCUUUUCUAAUAAGAUGGCCAUGGUCACCACCAACAAUGAUGUGUAUGUGUUUAGCCCUCAUUCUUCGACUCCGUUUUUAAUUCAGAAGCGUUUGUUGAAUCCGGAGACCGGUGUAUUCAAGCAGUGUGUAUUUGGGACGUCUGUCGGGGAAGAUAUCAGACUUUAUGUAAUGAGAAAUGAUUCGGAAAUCUACUGCCUUGAACCAGAGAAGUCUGAGGAGGGUCAACUUGAGGCGAUAUCGCAGCGCAGACUCCCCCCCUCCGCCUUCCACGCGCUGCUCGCGCACAGAAACGAAGACGUGGCACAGAACACACACACGCACCUCGCACACACACAACAUGAUGCGCUCGGGAACAACGCUAUAUCACAGUUCUUAUCAGCAGCACCCCAUAUGAUACCACCAGUGAGUCUCUUGUGCCCUCUAUUCCUUCAACACAUUUCUGGGUACAAAGAAGUCGAAGAAGGCGAGGAAGAUGAUACUAACAUGGAAAUCGACCCGCAGAGCAGCGACGAAGAAGAUACCGAAGUGAAGUCGAGUCACACGCCAAAAGCUGUGCAACUGUGGGUACCUAAUUAUGAAGAAAUUAAGGAAAAACGGUUGAAGAAAAUACUUAAAGAACCUUUACUAGACUUACAUUCAACAUCUUCAUUAUUUGUCAAUAUUUUAAGUUGGAGUAUUGAAGAAUAUUCCGAUCAACUUGUCGGAUAUCUGGGAGAACAUUUAAGUUUAACGGUUCGUAUUGAGGACAAAGGUGAUAUAAGAGAGAUGAUUUUUUUUAUCAAAUGUAUUCCGAGACACGACGAAUGGAUGGCAAAUUAUUUAAGAGAAACAAAUUUUUUUAACAAGGAAUAUGUCAUGUUAAGCAGUUUAUUUCAAAUGUUUCGUGAUGAUGGACUAAAGAAAUGGCGACCUAAACUAUUACAUAUCAAAGAAGAACUUUUUGUAUUCGAAGAUGUAACACAAACUGGCUAUACGAUGCCGAACAAUCUAAACACCUUAAAUUAUGAGGAAUUAAAGGCAACGGUGACGGCUUUAGCGAAAUUUCACGCUCAGUCGUAUGUUUUUGAACAAAGAAAAAGUCAAGUAUUAAAACGACCUUACAGAAUCUGGGAAGAUUAUAGCGAGUAUUUAUGUGAACCAAGUAAAGGUCAAUCUUGGCGUGAUACAGGAAUGCGAGCAGCUAUAGAUUUUCUGAAGGUUUUUUCAGAAUAUAAGUCUAAGCCAAAUUUUACGGAACUAAUCGAACAAAUAUUGCCCAAGCUUUUUAGCUCUGCUGAGGAACUUAUGAAACCAAGUAUGAAAAUAAGGAACGUGGUCAUUCAUCGUGACUUAUGGUCGAAUAAUAUUUUUCUAAAAAAACUAGAGAAUAGCAAGAUGCACGCACUUUUAAUUGAUUUUCAAACCGUUCUGUAUAGUCUUCCUAUGCUCGAUUUAUCAUCACUCAUAUAUUUCAAUACCACCAAGUUAUUUAGAAAUAAUUACACUAAACGAAUUAUAGAUCAUUACUAUCACGAACUUAAUGAAGAAUUAAAAUCGGAAGAUAUAGAUGUGCAGUCAAUUGUGGAUAAUAAAAAUAAAGUAGAAUUAUACGAAGAAAGUCUUGUAUUUGGUAUGACACAAGCAGCAUUAAUAGUUCCUAUAAUAGCUAUGACAAAUGAAAGAAGAAAACAAUAUUUCACGAACCCUGAGUCUUGUUAUAAGAUAAACUGUAUAAGUCGUAGUCAAGAAUUUAUAGAACUGGCUAAAGAAAAUAUGAAAUACCAAAGGAGAGUAAUCGAACUAUUAGAUGAAAUAGUAGAAAGAUUUGUGUAUCCAUCUACAACAGCAAAUGUUUUUAAAUAGAAUUGUAGGAAUUUAC